AUGGCUUCUCCGAGUCCCGAGAUUGGUCCUUGCGAUGGUGAUUCUCAAUUGGAUGCUUUUGACCUCGAGUUACUUGCAUCCGACGCCGGUAUAGGAAGCACCAUAACGUCGGUGACUCCUACCGGAAGCGUCAUUCCCCAGCAUAGGAACAAGACUGCAAGCCUGAGCAAUCAAGCUGCUCCAGUGCAGACCUCUCGCUUUUUCACUCCAAUGCUCAAAACCACGCCUCUCAGUGGAUUGGGAUCUAGUCAGCCCGAUAAUGCCUUCGGUUUUCAGUCCAGCCCACUGGCUUUGAUGCAUCAGCGAAAGAACAAGUCAACUGAAGGACGAGGCCAGCCGGAACCUUAUUACGAAGAGUUCGAAUUUGAUCCAACCCAAUCCUCUUUACAACAAACAACUUCACUUCACCGAAAGACAAGAGCGCCUAUUGCAGGCUCGGACAGUCAUGGAGGCUCUCCCUUUUCCAACCUUCCCCUCUCUGUACGAGGUAUUGUUUUGGUUCCAGUUUCGGACUUGUGCGAGCAGCACCGCUCGCUUUUCAGUUUCCCGUUAUUCAAUGCCAUUCAAUCCAAAUGUUUCUAUACCGUAUAUAACACCAACGACAACUUGGUAUUAUCGGCACCGACUGGAAGUGGCAAAACCGUGAUCAUGGAAUUGGCUAUCUGCAGGCUUCUGAAUACCUUGAAAGACGAACGCUUCAAAGUUGUCUACCAAGCCCCAACCAAAUCGCUUUGCGCAGAGCGGUUUCGAGAUUGGAAUCGCAAAUUUUCAGCACUCAAUCUGCAAUGUGCCGAAUUGACGGGCGAUACAGAUCAUACUCAGCUACGCGGCGUUCAAAACAGUCAAAUCAUAAUCACAACACCCGAGAAAUGGGAUAGCAUGACGCGAAAAUGGAAGGAUCACAUGCGGCUAAUGCAACUGGUAAAGCUGGUUCUGAUUGACGAGGUCCACAUUCUCAAGGAAUCUCGAGGUGCUACGCUUGAGGCUGUCGUGUCACGAAUGAAAAACAUUGGAUCGAAUGUUCGCUUUGUCGCCUUGAGUGCCACCGUUCCGAACUCGGAGGACAUUGCGACGUGGCUUGGGAAAGAUGCUACUACCCAACAUGUUCCUGCUCACAGAGAGUAUUUUGGAGAAGAUUUCCGACCGGUCAAGUUGCAGAAAUUUGUGUACGGGUAUCAAUCGAGUGGAAAUGAUUUCGUAUUCGACAAGAUUUGUGGCUCAAAACUGCCCAAUGUUAUCGGCACCCAUUCUUGCCAGAAGCCAAUGAUGGUUUUCUGUUGCACUCGGAACUCGUCCGUUGCAACGGCCAAAGACCUCGCUCGGCUGUGGACAAUGACAAACCCACCCGCAAGACUCUGGAAAGGGCCUACCAAACAUAUCGAAGUUCACAAUGGGGAUCUCAAAGGAACCGUAUGCACAGGGGUGGCAUUUCACCAUGCCGGGCUGGGCCCAGGAGAUAGACACGCUGUUGAGAAGGGCUUCUUGGAUGGGCACAUCAAUGUGAUAUGCUGCACCUCUACUUUGGCUGUCGGGGUAAACCUGCCCUGUCACCUUGUGAUUAUCAAGAACACAGUCUGCUGGCAAAAAGGUGGCUGCCAAGAAUACUCCGAUCUCGAAAUGAUGCAGAUGCUCGGUCGUGCCGGGCGUCCUCAAUUCGACGAUAAGGCAACAGCAGUCAUUUUGACUCGAAAAGAGCAAGUGAAUCACUACGAGAAACUUAUUGCAGGCUCAGAAAGUCUGGAGAGCUGCUUGCACCUCAACCUCAUCGAGCAUCUCAAUGCGGAAAUUGGACUGGGAAAUGUGACAGAUCUUGACAAGGCAACGAGGUGGCUUGCCGGCACUUUCCUCUUUGUACGGCUUCGCCGGAAUCCAACCUACUACAAGCUCAAAGAAGGGGCGAGCGAGGAAGAUGAGGAAGAGCUUUUACGUCAAGUCUGUGAGAAAGAUAUCAAACUUCUUCAAGAGUGUGGACUAGUAGGGACGGAUGAACUGCAUUCAACUCGGUUUGGAGAAGCCAUGGCUCGAUAUUAUAUACGAUUCGAGACGAUGAAGAUUCUUCUUUCUCUGGACUCGAAAGCGACACUGUCUCAAGUUCUCGAAGUCGUUGUUCAGGGCGAAGAGUUCCAUGAGAUCCGCUUCAAGGCUGGAGAGAAGCCUCUUUAUCGGGAAAUCAACAAAGAUCCCGGUAUUCGAUUUCCGAUUAAAGUUGAGGUUUCUCAAUCGUGCCACAAGAUCUCACUGCUGCUUCAAGCCGAACUUGGUGCAAUUGACUUUCCCAGUGGCGAGCAAUUCCAAAAGCACAAGUUCUCGUUCCAACAGGAAAAAUCCCUGGUCCUCUCUCAUGUCAACCGAUUGAUCCGCUGUGUUAUCGAUUGUCAAAUUGCACGUGAGGACUCAACCGCGAUGCUCAACUCACUAGAGCUGGCGCGCAGCUUCGGUGCCAAGGUAUGGGAUCACUCUCCGCUUCAAAUGAAGCAGAUAGAUCAAGUCGGUGUUGUCGCCGUGAGGAAGCUAGCUGCUAGUGGGAUCAUGAACCUUGAAGAACUGGAGGCCACUGAGCCUCAUCAGAUCGAAAUGACGCUCAGCAAGAAUCCUUCAUUUGGAACCAAGUUGCUCGCGCGAGUGAGGGAGUUCCCAAAACUGAGGGUCGCCGUCAAGAUAACUGGAAGGGAAGUCACUGCCGAAGGUGUCAAGAUUCGAUUUAGGCUGGAGGUGGCAUUUAUGAAUAUCAAAAUCCCGACCUUUUUCCAGCGACGGCCUAUCUACGUUUGCUGCUUGACUGAAACAUCUGACGGUCGACUUAUCGACUUCAGAAGAAUAAGUGCGAGUAAGCUCCAAGGGGGUCUGGAGGCCAAUCUCGUUGCAGAGUUACACACUCCGGGUCAAUUCAUUAUCAGCCAUGCUAUGUGCGAUGAUAUAGCGGGUACAGCGAGACGAGCCGAGGUCAAGCCAGACAUUCCGUCCUUCUUGUCACGACCAAACGACAAAAGUCUUGUGUCCAAAAACUCGCAGCUUCCCGAGGCCAGAAAUUCAAACUCAAUUGAUGACCCAGAUGGCUCUCAAAGACAACACAAACCCAAGACGGGUCAUCGAAAGGAUAAUUUCGAGGGCGAUGACUUAGAUCUGGAUGACUUUCUAGAAGCUGGCUCAUUCGAGAAGCAACCGAAAGAAGUGGAAAUGGCAACGAAUCAUCCUAAUGAUGACGUCGAGUGGAUUUUGAUUGAUGGUACCCCCAGUCCACCUGCUAUUACUGCGAAUAUAUCCCGGAACAAAGACGAGGAGUGGGCAGCAGACACGGGACCGCAGUAUGAAGACUACGAGCCGGUUCGACUCGCUAACGGGAACUGGGCAUGCAACCACAAAUGCAAGAAUAAAACAAGUUGCAAGCACUUCUGUUGUCGCGAUGGUCUUGAAAAGCCCCCUAAGCCUGGGAAAUGCAAGACUACUGCCAACCUCAAAGCUCACGGUCUUAGCCAGUUGACUUUAUCGGCAAGCAUGGGCGAGAAGAAGAAAUCUAAUGACAAAAUGCCGACAAAAACAAAACAAACUGCCAAAAGAAAGACUAGUCAGCUGUCGGAAUCAGGAACUGGGUCCUCAGGCCUUCCAAGAAAGAAGAAAACGAAACAGACCCAGAUCAACUACAAGCAAGGAGGGAAAUGCAACAUUCCCAAGUUAGGGAGAGUGCGACCCAAAAGUCCUUCCAGAAUCCUGUCUAGUGAUUAUGGGGACGAUGGAUUCAGUGAUCUGCCAUCUCCGUCAACCUUUCUAGAGACUGUCGACUCCUGCCUUUUGCGGCCCGGAUCUCCAAUGGUGGGCUUACCGCAGCCCAGGGAAGCUGAGCAAAUGUGCAUCGAUCCUUCCGUUCUAUCUCUUUCGGACUCUGGUGUAUCAAGCAAAGUGGAAGCCACUCGUCAGCUGGCAUCUCCAGCAAUGGGAAGCUCAGAGGCUAGGACAAAUUUACCUUACCCCUCAUCACAACAUGGAACGAUCGAUAGGUGGGACGGUACUCUGUCGGACUCCACUCGAGGAAUUUUCACUUCGCCUGCAGCCAUGAAAAGCACCGCUACUACUGUACCGCUGUUAACGUCUCCUGAUAACAGGGCUCGCUUAUCUAACGGAAAGGAAAGAGUCUCGGACAUGACCCAUGAAGAUCUGGAGCAAUCAAAGCUCGAUCAGUAUCCCCUCAUAGAUACACUCCAUGAGAUACUGUCCGUGCCAGCCAAUUUCUGCUCGACAGUCAAUAGAAAUGAUGAGGACUCCGGCGGUAGUUGGCAGGAUAUUGAUCGGAUGCUGUACGAGGAGUACAAGAAUAUUGUCAAUUUUUAUUGA